UGGCUUUUAUUUUGAAAUAUCAGAGUAACCGGAAGUUGAAUAUAACUGGUAGAAGCUAAUAGAAAUGCUUCAAACGAGAUAACCUACUUUGGUCUAUGUUGCGCUUCUCAUAUCGGAAUACAUCUUUGGUUCAAGAAGGAUCAUAUUAAUGUAUGCUAAAUAUACAGAAAAUGUCUCUCAGUGACACAUUUCGAACGGAAACAAUUUCAAUAUUGUCUAUUUUCGUCGAGGGUGCACUAGCUGAAAUAAGCCGAACAGGUAAUCAGCCGAGUGGGGAAUCGUGCAAUGAAAUAUCUUGUAUUCGAGAAGACAUCGCUAAUGUGAAGGAUCGCCCCCAGAAACAGGCGCACUUGCCGUCCUUUAUCCAGCUGUUGACUAAAGAGGUGGUUCGUAAACUAUGCAGGCUGUUCUCGGAGUGCUCCUCCGUCCUACAACAGGAAAACGAGACCCUGAGGAAACGUCUCGAGCUGAACGGAAUACCAGCCUCACCUGCGCACCUCAACCAGUAUGGGACCAAAGUAGAUCCGCCAGAUAAAAUCGAGGCGAACUCAGAAGACACAGAACCAGCCAGCAAGGAAGAUCCCUGUGAUGUCGUCAGUGCGCCUGGAGAAAGCCCAUCCCAAGAGACGACCCGACCCUCCCGAAUCUCCACCACGCCGCCUUCGCUAACCGAGAACAACCAACCAGCCGGUGACCAUCCCUCACAGGGUCCCGUGAGCCCCAAACGCGCUCCGAGCCCCCUCGAGCAGAGGCACCCGGACGCAGAGACACAAGGGACCCCGGAGAAACAGGUCUUCCGCAUAAACCUGCGAGCGAGACGCUCGUUUGCGUGCGACGUCUGUGGGCGGAGUUUCAGUCUGAGCAGCGUGCUGGAGCACCACCGGAGGGUCCACACGGGGGACAAGCCUCACAGCUGCCCCCGCUGCCACAAGACCUUCGUCUACAAGGCGUCCCUGAGCAGGCACAUCCGGUGGCACUCCGAAGGCCGGCCUUUCGCCUGCCAGGUCUGCGGGAAAUCGUUCCGCGGCGAGGGGGCGCUGCGGUCUCACAGGUUUGUCCACGCCGACGUCAAGCCCUUCGUCUGCCAGACCUGCGGCCAGGGAUUCACCACACGGAACAGCCUGGCGGUGCACCAGAGGGUUCACUCCGGGGAGAAGCCGUACACCUGCCCCACCUGCGGGAAGAGCUUCUCCCAAGCCGGCUACCUCUCAGUCCACCGACGGAUCCACGCCGAGGACAAGCCGUUCACGUGCGACCAGUGCCACAAGGGCUUCGUCACGGAACGGGCUCUGAAGUCCCACCAGAUCGUCCACACCGGCCUGAGGGCCUUUAAAUGCGACGACUGCGGAGCCCGCUUCGGCCACCUCACCAACCUGCGGAGGCACCGCCUCCUCCACACGGGCGCCAAGCCGCACGCGUGCACCGUGUGCGGGAAGCGCUUCCACCAGCGCAGCAUCCUGAAGGGGCACAUGCAGGUGCACGGCGGCUCGCAGCCGUUCAUGUGCGACGUCUGCGGAAAGACGUUUGUCUACAACUGCGCGCUGAGGAAACACCAGCGGGUCCACGCCGAGGACGGGAAGAGCCGCGCAGCCCCCGGGCGGCUGCGCGGCUGCGACAGCUGCGGGAAAACCUUCAGCUCCGUGGGGAACCUGAAGGUGCAUCAGCUGGUGCACACGGGCGCCAAACCCUUCGAGUGCUCCACGUGCGGGAGGACCUUUUCCCAGAAGGCCACCUGCGUCACUCACCAGAAGACCCACACGGGGGAGAGGUUCCACACCUGUGGUGUGUGCGGCAGGGCUUUCAGCCUAGCCAACACCCUGAGGCUUCACGCGCGCACGCACACGGGCGAGCGACCGUACGCGUGCGACAUGUGCGGCAUGACGUUCACCAUCAGCGGGAACCUGAAGAGGCACAUGCUGGUGCACACGGGAGAGAGGCCGUUCAGCUGUGACUGUGGGAGGGGCUUCUCCUUCAAGCGCAGCCUGGACUCUCACCUGCUGCUGCACACGGGCGAACGCCCGCACACCUGUGACGUGUGUGGGAAGGGCUUCACCCUCAAGCAGCUCCUGAGGAACCAUCAGAGGCUCCACGCUGGGCUGCGGCCCUUCCGCUGCGACCAGUGCGGCAAGAGCUUCAACCGCGCCCACGGCCUGAAGAUGCACCAGAUCGUGCACACGGGCGAGCGCGCUUACGACUGCGAGAUCUGCGGCAAGCGUUUCAGCAUCCCCGGCAACCUGCACCGGCACCAGCGCAUCCACACCGGCGAGAAGCCUUUCGGCUGCGCCACGUGCGGGAAGAGCUUCAACCAGGCGGACACGCUGAAAGCCCAUCAGCGCAUCCACACGGGGGAACGACCCUUCGGCUGCCAGACCUGCGGGAAGAGCUUCAUCCAGCGCAGCGCCCUGAAGAUGCAUCAGCGCUCGCACUCGGGCGAGAAGCCUUUCACCUGCGUGGCGUGCGGCGCCGGCCUCGCCUGCGUCAACUCCCUCCGGACUCACCUCCAGUCUCACGCGGCGGAGAUGCCCUGCACGUGCUCGGUGUGCGGCGGGCCGCUGGCCUCGCUGUCCCACCUGCGCUCCCACCAGGAGCAGCACACCGUGGAGAAGCCUCACACCUGCAGCCUCUGCGAGAAGGCCUUCAAGUCCUCCAGCUACCUGAAGACUCACCUGAAGACUCACACAGGCGAGCGGCCCUUCACCUGUGAGACCUGCGGCCGCAUGUUCACGCAGCAGAGCAGCCUGAAGACGCACCAGGCUGUCCACACCGGGGAGAAACCCUUCAGCUGCGACACGUGCGGGAAGCGUUUCAGCAACACGGGGAACCUGAACCGCCACCAGCGCAUCCACACGGGAGAGAAGCCCUUCAGCUGCGAACAGUGUGGCCGGAGCUUCAACCAGGGGAACAGCCUGAAGGCUCACCUCCAGAUCCACACCGGGGAGAAGCUGUUCAUGUGCGACAAGUGCGGCAAGAGUUUCUCCUACCUGAGGAACCUGAAGGAUCACAAGUGUCUUUAUGUCUGAAAAGAUAACUGAAGCGGGUGGGGGGGGGGGGUGGGGGGGCGGGAAGACGUUAAGUUUGGCUUGUUUGUCUGGAGUGGACGCAGGCGUUUAUCUGAGUUGUGUCUGUAGAUGUCAUGUUUGUAGGGAGGAUGAGGACCAUUUGGUGUCUUGAUCUUUUGAGGGGUUUGUUUUUUGUUGCGGCGGGAGCGGGUCUACUAACUGGCAGAAGCUGAGGCACACACCUACAGCAGCUACUGUGAGGAUCUACAUCCCAAAUUAUUUUUGAAGGGUAAAAAAAAAAACACUGUCCUUGAAAUCAAAGAUUUUCAACAUGUUGCCUUUUGUAGAGUAGAAGGACAUUGGUGCUGGUAGAUAUAUACUGUUACGGUGAGCAGAGCCUAACUUAUUGAUUGAAGGUUACAAAUCUAACCAGUGUUGUCUGUGUACUGCGUGCUUGUGAAAGGUUGCUAUUGACGAUAAAACCAGUGAAACCAAAA